AUGUUGAGGAAUUCGCUCGGUAGAGCUGGCUCUCCGCUGCUCCGGCGCGCCGCAUGUCAGCUCUCGCCGUCGAGGCUUGCCCUCUCCUCCACCGUCGCCUCCCGCUCGUCAUGCAAGGCCACGGGCGCGCGUCGUUCUGCCACCUGGGCGGGCACGGCUCGAUCCUACGCCACCAGCGCGACCAACUCGUCCCCCGACCCGAGCGACAACUUCCUCUCUGGAAGCACUGCCAAUUAUAUCGACGAGAUGUACAUGGAGUGGAAGCAAGAUCCUAAGAGCGUCCAUGUCUCGUGGCAGGUCUACUUCAAGAACAUGGAGAGCGGCGACAUGCCCAUCUCGCAGGCCUUCCAACCGCCCCCCAACCUAGUGCCCAACAUGACGGGCGGCGUGCCUCGUCUAGGUGGCGGCUUGACCCUCGAGGAUGGCUCCGACGUCACCAACCAUCUCAAGGUCCAGCUGCUCGUUCGCGCCUACCAGGCUCGUGGCCACCACAAGGCCAAUAUCGAUCCUCUCGGCAUCCGCAAUACCGCCGCCGGCUUCGGUAACAUCAAGCCCAAGGAGCUGACUCUUGAGCAUUAUGGCUUCGCCGACAAGGACCUCGAUAAAGAGUACACCCUCGGGCCCGGCAUAUUGCCCCGUUUCAAAAAGGACGGCCGCGAAAAGAUGACGCUCCGUGAGAUUAUCGCCGCAUGCGAGAAAAUCUACGCUGGUUCCCAUGGCGUCGAGUUCAUCCACAUCCCGGACCGCGAAAAGUGCGACUGGCUGCGCGAGCGUCUCGAGGUUCCCCAGCCCUUCAAGUACUCCAUCGACGAAAAGCGCCGCAUCCUCGAUCGCCUCAUUUGGAGCUCGAGCUUCGAGUCCUUCCUCGCCACUAAAUACCCCAACGACAAGCGAUUCGGCCUUGAGGGCUGCGAGACUCUGGUGCCCGGCAUGAAGGCGCUCAUUGACCGCAGCGUCGACUACGGUGUCAAGGACAUCGUCAUUGGCAUGCCUCACCGUGGCAGACUCAACGUCCUCAGCAACGUCGUGCGAAAGCCCAACGAGUCCAUCUUCUCCGAGUUUGCUAGUACGAGCGGUGCCGAAGACGAAGGCUCUGGCGACGUCAAGUACCAUCUGGGUAUGAACUUUGAACGUCCCACCCCGUCGGGCAAGCGUGUCCAGCUCUCCCUCGUCGCCAAUCCCUCGCAUCUGGAAGCCGAGGACCCUGUCGUACUGGGCAAGACGCGAGCCAUCCAGCACUACAACAAUGACGAGAAGACGCACAGGACCGCGAUGAGCGUGCUGCUGCAUGGCGAUGCUGCCUUUGCCGCCCAGGGCAUCGUGUACGAAUGUCUGGGAUUCCACUCUCUGCCCGCUUUCUCCACCGGUGGUACCGUCCAUCUGGUGGUCAAUAACCAGAUUGGUUUCACCACCGACCCUCGUUUCGCACGCUCCACGGCCUACUGCACCGACAUUGCCAAGGCCAUUGACGCACCCGUCUUCCAUGUCAAUGCCGACGAUGUCGAGGCCGUCAACUUUGUCUGCCAGUUGGCUGCCGAUUGGCGCGCCGAGUUUCAGCACGACGUGGUUAUCGAUCUCAUCUGCUACCGCAAGCACGGGCACAACGAAACCGACCAGCCCUCAUUCACCCAACCCCUCAUGUACAAACGUAUCAACUCCAAGGAGCCUCAGAUUGAUGUCUAUGUCAACAAGCUGCUCCAGGACGGCAGCUUUACCAAGGAGGACAUUGAGGAGCACAAGCAGUGGGUCUGGGGCAUGCUGGAGGAGAGCUUCAAUAAGUCCAAGGACUACCAGCCGACUUCAAAGGAGUGGACCACGUCUGCCUGGAACGGCUUCAAGUCCCCCAAGGAGCUCGCCACGGAGAUCCUUCCCCACCACGCCACCAAGGUCGACAAGAAAACGCUGGACCACGUCGGCGAGGUUAUCGGAUCGGCCACGGAGGGAUUCCACAUCCACCGCAACUUGAAACGUAUCCUCAGCAACCGGACAAAGUCUGUCGUCGAGGGCAAGAACAUCGACUUCCCUACCGCCGAGGCUCUUGCCUUUGGCUCCUUGGUCACCGAGGGCUACCAUGUCCGCGUGUCUGGCCAGGACGUCGAGCGCGGCACUUUCUCGCAGCGGCACGCCGUCUUCCACGACCAGGAGACCGAGGAGACAUACACCCCUCUCCAGCAUAUCAGCAAGGACCAGGGCAAAUUUGUCAUCUCCAAUUCCUCCCUCAGCGAAUUCGGUGCUCUCGGAUUCGAGUACGGCUACUCUCUGUCUUCCCCCAACGCCCUCGUCAUGUGGGAGGCCCAAUUUGGUGACUUUGCCAACAACGCGCAAUGCAUCAUUGACCAGUUCAUCGCAUCGGGCGAGGUCAAGUGGAUGCAGCGAACCGGCCUCGUCAUGUCUCUUCCCCACGGUUAUGACGGCCAAGGUCCCGAACACUCGUCGGGCCGCCUUGAGCGCUAUCUGCAGCUCUGCAACGAGGACCCGCGCAUCUUCCCGUCCAAGGAGAAGCUUGCCCGGCAGCAUCAGGACUGCAACAUGCAGAUUGCUUACAUGACUACUCCCGCCAACCUUUUCCAUGCGCUGCGCCGACAAAUGCAGCGUCAAUUCCGGAAACCGCUCGUCAUCUUCUUCUCAAAGGCCCUGCUCCGCCAUCCCCUUGCGCGCUCCAACAUUGAGGAGUUUUCCGGAGAGGAUGCGGGAUUCCAGUGGAUCAUCCCCGACCCCGAGCACCAAGCGGGCAGCAUCAAGUCGCCCGAGGAGAUCGACCGCGUCAUCCUCUGCACUGGUCAAGUCUGGACCACCUUGCACAAGUACCGUGCCGACAACAAUAUCGACAACGUCGCGCUCACCCGCAUCGAGCAGCUGAACCCUUUCCCGUGGCAGCAGCUGAGGGAGAAUCUGGACAUGUACCCCAACGCGAAGACCAUCGUCUGGGCGCAAGAGGAGCCACUCAACGCCGGAGCGUGGAGUUUCACGCAGCCACGCAUAGAGACGCUGCUCAACCAGACCGAGCACCACGACCGCAAGCACGUCAUGUACGCCGGCCGCAACCCUAGCGCUUCCGUGGCGACGGGACUGAAGCAGGUCCACAAGAAGGAGGAACAGGAGCUUCUGGAGAUGGCCUUUACCGUGAAGCAGGAUAAGCUCAAGGGCGAGUGA